GAUGGAUGGGGGUGUACACCGGCUGUGCGAUCCCCUUUUUCCCACCCUUUGGAUGUAGAGUUUUCGUGCUUUUAUCAACGUGUAUUCCUACUGAAGUAAACUAUGCAAGACAGGUCGUAGCUGGGCGAGGGAUGAACCCGAGGGACAAGAACACAGAGCUCCUGCCUUUUCCCGCCCCCCUCUGACUGCAGACACGGUGCUGCGGUCCAAGGCGCGCUCAGCGAUUUGGCGCUUCGCUGUCCGGUUAGUGUGCAGCAGUCUGUCACAGACUUCCUCUCCCACAUUUCAAACAACUUUGGAAUCCUCCACCCUUCAUGGACAGUCAUGUCUGAGGAGGAAAUCAAAGUCCCCGAGGAACUUUUCAAGGACGUCAAAUUCUACGUUGUAGGGGACAUUGAGCCAAAGGUGGUGCAGCUGCUGAAAGCAGGAAAGGGAAAGGAGGUGUCCUACAAUGCUUUGGCCACUCACAUUAUUGCAGAGGAUGGAGACAACCCUGAAGUGAGCGAAUCGAGGGAGGUGUUUGAUCUGCCUGUCGUUAAGCCAUCCUGGGUGAUUCUGUCGGUUCGCUGUGGAGACCUGUUACCAGUGACUGGAUUCUCUCCAGAAUCAGGACAGAUAUUUUUUGGUGUGACAGCUUGUCUUCCCAGGCUUCAAGACGACCUGAAUGCCCUGUGGGCGUUCCUUACCUUUUAUGGUGGUGAAUGUCAGCUGAACCUAAACAAGAAGGUCACCCACUUGGUGGUGAAGGAGCCAAAAGGCGCAAAGUUCGAGUGUGCCCUGAAGCACCCAGGCAUCAAGAUCGUCACGGCAGACUGGAUAACGGAUUCUGUUAAAGAUAAAAGCAGGAAGGAUGAGGCUCUUUAUCACCCCAGACUCACAUAUGUGGAGCCGGAGGAGGAGGAGGAGAGCGAAGCAGACUCGUAUGACAUGCGCUCUCAUUCAAAUGGUAGCUACAGCCCCCGGCACUCCCGACCGUCCAGCGGCGGAUCCUCCGGCGAGGAGUCCAGCCCUCGCAGGCGGCCCGGACCCAAACGGCUCAACUCCGUUUCGCCCACGUCUCCUCGAAAACCCGAGCUCCGCAGUGAGAGGAUGUUCGACGACUCUGACGACGACUCGUCCACAGAGAAGGAGGGUACCAACCUUAACUGGACCCCGGCUGAAUUUGUAGUGCCGGCCGUUUCUAUACCCGGCGGCAUGGCGAGGAGGCGGGUCGGGCUGGCCAGCUGCAAAGAUCCAGUGUCCUCUGCGGGCAGCGGGCUAAUUAACCUGUGCGCUACGGUACCUCCUGUUCCUGGCAGUGGAGGAGCGUUACCUGCAGAGUCUCGUGCUGCACAGCAAGGUGUAUCUGGCGCCGAGGGAAUCCCCGGAUGGAGCCCAACUAUGAGAACGCUCCGUAACAUCACCAACAACUCUGACAUACAGCCAGCAAAUCGCCCCGGCGUCGCACACAUCAUCCAGAACUUUGCUAGCAAUCAGACCAAGCCUGUGGAACAGACCAAUCAGGGCCACGUUCAGACCCUGAACAGUAACAACCCUCCUCAGUUUAGUCAAAGUAAGCUUCCCAGGCAGCCGCUCACCGCAGAGCAGCAGCAACAGCUCCUGCAACAGCAGUCGCAUCAGGCUGGCCAGCAGCAUCAGCAGUUACCGCAGCAACAGCCGCAUCCCAUGAUACACCUCCAACAGCAGCAGAUGAUGCAGCUGCAGCAGCAGCAGUCACAAGUUGCACAACAGCAAGCUUUCCCACAGUUGCCCCAGCAACAGCAGCAGUUCCUUCAACAGCAGCAGCAUCAGCAGAUGCACCAACAGCAGAUGUUCUCCCAGCAGCAGCUGCGACCUCAGCAGCUGCUGAGACCGGGCCUCCAGCAGCUGCAGCACCAGCUGCAACAGCAGCUGCAGCAGCAGCAGCAGCAACAGCAGCAGCAGCGCAUGCAGAUGUUACAGCAGCAGCAAAAUCAGCAACAGCUUCACCAACAGCAUCUCCAGCAGCAGCAGCAGCAGCAGCAGCAGCAUUUCCUGCAGCAGCAACACAUGCAGCAGAUGCAGAAGCAGCACUUACAGAAUCAUCAGCAGCAGACUCUGCAGCAUCAGAACCAACAGGUCCUGCAGCAACAGCAUCAUCAACAGCCGACAUCCACAACGCUGCCCCCUCCGCUGCAGCAGCCCCCCCACAUCUCCCAGCUGUUUGGACACGAGCUGGGCCAAGACAUUCCACAGGACGCCUUUCUGUUGGGCUGCGUGUUUGCUAUUGCUGACUACCCUGAGCAGAUGGCUGACAAGCAGCUCCUGGCCACAUGGAAGAGGGUUAUCCAGGCAUGUGGAGGUGUUGUUGACCCUACUCUGACCAGCCGCUGCACUCACUUGCUGUGUGAAAGUCAAGUCAGCAACAUGUAUGUACAGGCCCUUCGAGAAGGGAAGCGUUGUGUGACUGCUCACUGGCUCAGCACGGUGCUGAAGAAGAAGAAAAUGGUUCCUCCUCAUCGGACUCUACAUCUGCCCUUUGCCUUCCCUCCUGGGGCCAAACCUUGCUCUCAGCAUAUCCUCUCUGUGACCGGCUUUGUCGAUGCGGACAGGGAUGACCUGAAGCUGAUGGCUUACCUAGCUGGUGCCAGAUACACAGGGUAUUUGUGCCGCGGCAACACUGUCCUCAUCUGCAAAGAACCCAGUGGGAUGAAGUACGAGAAGGCCAAGGAGUGGAAGAUCCCAUGUGUCAACGCUCAGUGGUUGUGUGAUAUACUGCUGGGCAACUUUGAAGCACUGCGACAGAUUCAGCACAGCAGAUACUCUGUGUACACUCAGCCUGAGCCGUUGAUGCCUAACCCUCAGCUGGUCCAGAAUCUGCUAGCUUCUUGGAGAACUCCAAUCAAAGUAACUAAUGAAGCCUUGGUGAGCCUCCAGCUGCUUCAGAAGCAGAAGAUCACCGAUUCUACCAACGCACCUUCAAACAAGAAGGCCAGACUGGAAGAGAUCCAAUCACCCAAUAGGAAGCUUCCCCCCGAGUCCACUCCACGGGUUAUGUUCACAGGCUUUGAGCCUAUGCAAGUACAACAAUACACAAAGAGACUUCAUGCUUUAGGUGGUGAGGUGGCAGAGAGCAGUCAGAAAGCCACACACCUGUUGGCCAGUAAGGUGACACGCACCGUCAAGUUCCUCACCGCUAUGUCUGUGGUCAAAUACAUCAUCACACCAGAGUGGCUGGAGGAAAGCUGGAGAAGCCAGAAGUUUGUGGAUGAGCAGAGUUUCACCCUGAGGGAUGCAGAAGCAGAGGUGUUGUUCAACUUCAGCCUGGAGGAGUCACUGAAGAGAGCCCACAGUGCGCCUCUGUUUAAGGGGAAGUAUUUCUACCUCACUCCGGGUAUCUGCCCCAGCCUCAGCACCAUGAAGGCCAUCCUGGAGAGUGCAGGAGGAAAACUGCUGGCCAAACAGCCCUCAUAUAGAAAGAUCAUGGAGCACAAACAGAACAAGAACCUUCCUGAGAUCAUUUUAAUUUCCUGUGAUAAUGAUCUCCACCUGUGCAGAGAAUAUUUCAUGAAAAACAUUGAUGUCCACAACGCAGAGUUCAUCUUGACGGGAGUUCUCACCCAAAAACUCGACUAUGAAUCAUAUAAGUUCACCUGAUGAAGUGAGAAGAACCUCAUUGACAUCUCCUUAGACAUCUGUGGAUAGCUCUCCUUCAUUUUUUUAGCUUUUGUUACUUCUUUUAAAAUAAAUAAAAUUAAUUGUAUUUUUGUGAAAUGACUGGUUAAAUUAUGGGUUUUAAUCUAUUUCCUUGUUUUAAAAAAAACUGUAUAAAAGCUUCAGCUUGUACACACUGCUUUUUCAAAAUAAAACAUUUCUGUAAAUUGUUUGCA